UCUGUCAUGUGAUCAGCUGUGUCCAAUCACAGCUGAUCACAUAGCACUGAUGAUCAGUGUAGCCCCAGCAGUGCCACCUGUCAGUGUCCAUCAAUGCCAGCUGUCAGUGCAUAUCCAUGCCACCUGCCAGUGCCCAUCAGUGCCACAUCAAUGCCAUAUAUCAGUGCCUACCAGUGCACAUCAAUGCCACAUAUCAGUGCCAGUCAGUGACACCUAUGAAUGCCAGUCAGUGCCACCUAUCAGUGCCAGUCAGUGCCGCCUAUCAGUGUGCAUCAGUGCCCGUCAGUGCUGCCUAUCAGUGCUGCCUAACAGUGCCAGUUAGUG